AUGCUACGUUUUAGGAGAUUCGCGUCUCAAUAUAAUCAAGCCAAAGUGCUGCGAAAAUAUCCAAUUGGUGGAAUAUUCCAUGGAUAUGAAAUCAAGCGCAUACUACCGGUACCAGAACUUAGACUCACUGCGGUGGAAUUGGAGCAUGCGCAGACUGGGGCUGAGCAUUUGCAUAUCGAUCGAGAUGACAAAAACAAUGUGUUUAGUGUAGGCUUCAAGACGAACCCUCCGAAUGCGACAGGCGUACCGCAUAUCCUAGAACAUACGACGCUUUGUGGAUCCGACAAGUACCCUGUUCGGGAUCCAUUCUUCAAAAUGCUCAAUCGGUCACUAGCAAACUUUAUGAACGCUAUGACCGGUCACGACUACACGUUCUAUCCGUUUGCAACUGCUAAUCGCACCGAUUUUGCGAAUUUGAGAGAUGUGUACCUAGACGCGACGUUUCACCCACUCUUGAAACACGAAGAUUUCCUGCAAGAGGGUUGGAGAUUGGAACAUUCCAACGUCAGUGACAAAACAAGUGACAUCACAUUUAAAGGAGUUGUUUACAAUGAAAUGAAGGGACAAGUGUCUAGUACCAACUAUUACUUUUGGAUAAAAUUUCAAGAAAGCAUCUACCCAUCACUGAAUAACUCAGGCGGUGAUCCACAGAAAAUCACAGAUUUACAGUACAGCGAUUUAGUAUCAUUUCACAACAGGAACUAUCAUCCUUCAAACGCGAAGACCUUCACGUACGGGAAUUUUCCUCUGGAGGAAACGCUUCAGAGGUUGAAUGCCGAAUUUGUGGGGUUCGGAAAACGUGCUAAAUCUCAAAAGCUAUUAAAGCCUAUCGACUUGAAUUCAGAUGUGGAAGUUGUGGAAAAAGGUCAAAUAGACCCUAUGUUGCCUGCCGAUAAGCAGCUCAAGGCUUCACUCACCUGGAUUUGCGGUAACCCUCAAGAUACUUACGAUACGUUUUUGUUAAAGGUGCUAGGAAAUCUAUUAAUGGAUGGACAUUCGUCACCAAUGUACCAAAAGCUGAUUGAGACUGGAUUAGGCUACGAAUUCUCAGUUAAUUCCGGUGUAGAAUCUACGACAGCAUCGAACUUCUUCACAGUGGGCGUACAAGGCUGUCGCAGUAAAGAUGAACUCGAGACGACCGUUAAAUCCAUAUUUGCGGAUUGUCUUAAGAAGCCAUUUGAAAGUAAGAAAAUUGAAGCCACAAUUGAACAACUGGAACUUUCAAAAAAGGAUCAGAAAUCUGAUUUCGGGUUACAAUUAUUAUAUUCCCUUUUGCCAGGAUGGGUUAACAAAGUUGAUCCCUUCGAUAGCUUGCUGUUUGAUGAAAUUUUAGAGAAAUUUAGAUCCGAUUGGACAGAAAAGGGUGAUAAAGUUUUCAAAGACAUUAUCAAAAAAUAUAUUCUGAAUAAACCAUGUUUCAAGUUUUCGAUGGAAGGCUCCCAAUCAUUUUCGGAGGAUCUAGAAGCUGAGGAAAAACAUCGUUUGGACAAGAAACUGAAAACGCUAGAUGAUACUGAUCGGGAAAUUGUGUUUAGGAGGGGAUUGAUGCUUCAAGAAAAACAAAACGCUCAGGAAAAUUUGGAGUGUUUACCAAGCCUGAAAAUUGGUGAUAUUCCUCGUUUAGGAGACAAAUAUCCCAUUGUACAUGACGCUGAAGUGAUGCAUAGAAUUUCUGACACCAAUGGAAUAACAUAUGUACGCGGAAAAAGAUCCCUAAAUCACAGUAUUCCAAAAGAACUGUAUCCUUAUCUUCCACUAUUCAGUGAGGCAUUGACAAGCCUGGGAACAUCUACUCAAAACUUUAGUGAAAUUGAAGAUGAAAUGAAGUUGUAUACCGGUGGUGUGUCAGUAAAUGUGACAGCGCACACCGACCCAAUAUCUUUGGAACCCCAUUUACAAUUUCAAUUUGAUGGAUGGUCUCUUAAUGCAAAGACUGAGCAUAUCUUCACAAUUUGGAAAAAGCUAUUGAAGGAUACGGACUUUCAAAAGCACAAAGAAAAGCUAAAAGUUUUGAUAAGGUCAUUGUCUUCGUCAAAUACAGCUGCUGUUGCCGAAAGUGGCCACUCAUUUGCGCGAAACUACGCAACUGCACAUUUGAGCGUUACUAAAUCUAUCGAAGAAACCCUUAGUGGUGUGGAACAACUGCGUCUAAUAACAAGAUUGUCGUCAAUUCUUGAAGACGAAACUCUAUUUCAAGCGGAAAUAGUGGAGAAGCUAGUUAAAUUGCAGAACUACAUUAUUUCCUCUGAUGGUCUUGAAUUUUUUGUAACCACUGAUACUGACAAGCAAGUAACAGCCGUCCAAUCCCAGAUUUCUCGAUUUGUUCAACAUUUACCUAAAACUUCUGAUUUAUCGACUUUUAACGCCGGAGAUUACCAAAAAUUACCCGCAAAUGAAAAGAAGACAUUGAUCAAAUUUCCAUUCCAGGUACAUUACACUGCACAAUCUCUCAGUGGUGCGCCCUAUACUCAUAUGGAUGGGGCACCGCUCCAAGUAUUAUCCAAUCUGUUAACGUUUAAACAUCUCCAUCGUGAGAUCCGCGAGAAGGGUGGGGCGUAUGGGGGAGGCGCCACUUACAGUGCUGUCGAUGGGCUUUUCUCCUUUUACUCCUACAGAGAUCCACAUGCAUUCAACUCUUUGCAGGUGUUCGCCGACUGUGGUAAAUAUGUGCUAAAUGAUGCGCAUUGGACUGCAAGCGAUCUGGACGAGGCAAAACUCACUAUAUUUCAACAAGUCGAUGCCCCAAUUAGCUGUAAAAGUGAGGGGAGUGUCUUAUUCCACUACGGAAUUACCGAUGAUAUGAGGCAGCAAAGAAGAGAACAACUUCUAGAUACAACAUUACCAGACGUCCAAAGAGUUGCUGAGAAGUAUUUGUUAAACAAACCAUACUUCUCGACAGUUGUAGGUCCAGUACCAGAGUCAGGGCUACCCGAAUCCGACUGGAGGGUCAAAGACCUUCAAUAA